UUCAAUAGUCAAUGCAACAGAACAGACCUUUUCUCGGGCGUAUAACUAAAUUAAUAAUAAUUAAAUUUGUAGUAAAAACACAUUAGUUAGGAAGGUGUGCAAUAUGUUAAAUAGAGAGAUUGUUGCGUUCUCGCAGCACCAGGAAAUGACGCAAAACUAGGAGCCGACACACCACCAGCAGCAGCAGCAGCAGUAGCAACAACAACAACAACGGCCCUGCAGCAACAAUACACAAACAGCAACAACAACACAGAGAAAACAUAAUUUGGUCAAUUUGCAUAUUAAAAUAAUACACGAAACAGAAAGCGAAUUAGGUAAUUCACGCACAGCCCAUAUAAAAUGAGUAAACUGGAAACGGACUCAGACAGCUCUGAGGAAUUUUUCGAUGCCGAAGACACAACACCUAAUCGCUCCGCAACACUCUGUCGUAAAUUGCCAGCGGAUUGCGCACAGGAGUUCAUCUUUCCAGAGCCAGCGGUGCGUGUAAAUGCGGCUGCCUCUUCGGACAGCGAUGCAACGCCCAUUGGCGCCAACACGCCCGCCACCCGCAGCCCGACAAAUAGCCUGGGCGCUCGGCUCAAGCAACAGGAUGCGGCGGCAGCCGCUGCAGCGGCCGCGGCGGGCAUUUUCGUCGAGCCCAAGCCAGUGAAGGGCGUGUCUGGUAGACAACGCUUUCAAGAACUACGUAAAUGCAUGAACCAUGAUGAAGAUGAUAAUCCAGGAAAUACACUCACACCUGAUUCUCAGAACAGCUCCAUGGAUGGCGUUUUUACCAACCGACCCACACAUCCGUUUAAGGUCAUUGAGAGCGAUACGAUGAGCAUACAGAGCAUGACAUCAUUGGGCCGUGUGGGUCGCAUCUUAGCCGGCAGCAUCGAUCCGUCGGCAAUCAGCGUUGAUCGUGAAUCGCUGGCCUCAAUGAAUGCCCAGCAACAGCAGCAACAGCAACAACAGCAGCAGCAGCAGCAGCUGCAGCACCAGCAACACCAACAGCAGCAGCAGCAGCAACAACAUCAACAACAACAACAGACACAGCAGCAACAACAACAACAACAGCUGCGACAGACACCACCGCCCACAACCACAACAAUGGCCAUGUCCACCGCCACAACAGUUGUCAAUGCGGCAUCAGCCACAUCUACAAAGUGUGUGCAGCAGAGUGAAGCGGCAGUUGCUGCAAUUCCACCACAGAUUCUCCAAGAACCGGAUGUGAUAGCCAGCACCAAAUUGGCUCACUCCAAGACCACCGACUCCAUAACAUCUAGCGGGCCGGUUGCGCCGCCGCGACGUAAGAAAAAAUCACGAAAGUUCUCCAGCAGCUCCUCGGAGCAGUUCAACAUGAAUGAUGGCAUGCGAUUACCAGCAGGUGAUACGGAGGACACCGACAGCGAUACGCGGUCCGUGCAGAGCGUGCGAGAUGUGCAGCAACAGCUACGUGACGACAUUGUCAAGCAGUUCGAAAGUUCGCUAAAUGAUGUCAGCAUCAUGACGUCCAGCAACACGCUCACCUGCUCCUCCACCAGCACAAUAGUGUCUGCCUCCGCUUCCACGGCCACCACGACGCCUUCGUCGUUGGCGCAAAUCGCCUCCACGAGUCAUGCGUGUCAUGUACGGCCCGUUUCUACGGCGGGCAUCAUGAUGAAACCAUCGCAGUCGUUGGGCAACAGUGUCACGUCCGUCUAUUCGAAACCAAGUCCCUCGAACUCGGCCAAGAGCAACUCUGCGCCUGGCCGCGUCAGCUCGAUUGAUCCAAAUCAGGGUCUUAAUCUGUUCAAGGCCAUACAAGGCGGCUACGUGGUUAAGCCGCGCGACGAAGCGAGUAACAAGGCGCAAGGACCAUCUCAGGAUGAAAUUGAGCGCAUUGAGAAAAUGCUCAUGGAGAACGCUAGUCGACCCAAGCUCGCGGGCAGUGGCUCCAAUAGCUUGGGCAGUGCCACACGCUAUACGGCCUUAUAUAGGGCUGCCAACGAGAAGGAGCGUCGCAAGUCCGCUGGAGAUGAGGAUGUGCUGAGGCAGAUGAAUAUUUAUGUGCGCACGCGCACCAAUUCGGGCAAACAGCUGACGGACUUUGAAAUACUCGAGCAAGUUCCUGUUAAGAAUCUGGAUACUGGCGAGAAUAUGCCGCUAUCCGAAGUGCGUUCACCGCCAGUGCCUGAGGGCUGGAAUCCGCUCUCGCUGCAUAUACUGAAGUUGACAUCCCAUCUGGAGGUCAUACAAAAGGAAUCGGAUGAGGAAAGCGUAAUUGGCAUACCGCCGAGCAUUGAGGGUCAGCAGCCGGAUGAGGAGGAGCUGGAAACGGAGGAUGGCAGUCGCCUCAAGAAGAAAACUGCGCGCAUUAAGCGCUUCUUUGGCAGCACCAUGCGUAAGACGGUGGACAAGGCCAAGUCCAUUGCGUCAGAGGUGUCACAUGCUCGCCACAAGGAAGACGUGGCUGACAUCGUGGAUGCCAUGAAUCCCGAGCAAAAUAUCAAAAUCAAGGCAUCAUCCUCCAACAAAGGUCCUUACGAGUUCACCAAACUGCAGCAUGUGCAAGAUCUCAGCGGAGAGGAUACCAGCGCCGUGUGGUGCAUGAAAUUCAGCUCCUGUGGACGUCUGUUGGCCACCGCUGGCCAGGACAAAGUGCUACGCAUUUGGGUGCUGAAAGAUGCGUAUCCCUACUUCCAGGACAUGCGCAACAAAUACAACGCGGAUCAGAAGUCCUCGCCAACGCCAUCGCAGGAGUCGCUGGUGUCCCAGCAUUCUGCUGAGGAGGCCAUUGCCAUGGCUACCGCCGCCGAGAAGUGCACGGGUCCGUUCAUGCCGAAGCCCUUCUGCACGUAUAAUGGCCACACCUCGGAUUUGCUCGACGUUAGCUGGUCGAAGAACUACUUUAUACUAUCCAGCAGCAUGGACAAGACUGUACGCCUCUGGCAUAUCUCCCGGAAGGAGUGUCUGUGCUGCUUCCAGCACAUUGACUUCGUCACGGCGAUCGCGUUUCAUCCGCGCGAUGAUCGUUACUUCCUGAGUGGCAGCCUGGAUGGAAAGCUGCGCUUGUGGAACAUACCUGAUAAGAAGGUGGCGCUCUGGAACGAGGUCGAUGGCCAGACGAAGCUUAUCACGGCGGCCAAUUUCUGUCAGAACGGACAAUUCGCUGUGGUUGGCAGCUAUGAUGGUCGUUGCAUCUUCUACAACACGGACCAGCUAAAGUACCACACGCAGAUCCAUGUGCGAUCCACACGCGGAAAAAAUCGAAUUGGUCGCAAGAUCAGCGGCAUAGAGCCCAUGCCGGGCGAGGAUAAGAUUCUGGUCACCUCCAACGACAGCCGUGUGCGUCUCUAUGAUCUGCGCGAUCUGAAUUUGUCAUGCAAGUACAAGGGCUAUCUAAAUGUGUCAUCGCAGAUCAAGGGUUCGUUUAGCCACGAUGGUAAAUAUAUAAUUGCCGGUUCUGAGAACCAAUGCAUCUACAUAUGGAAAACGAAUCACGACUACUCCAAGCUGAGCUCGGUUCGUCGCGAUCGUAGCGAUUUCUGGGAGGGCAUUAAAGCACACAAUGCUACUGUCACCUGUGCCAUAUUCGCGCCACAUCCGGAGGCGAUUAUCAAACCGGACCCCGAUGAAAUUUCCAAUGAUAAGCUGGCAAACAAUCAGCCAGAUCCGCUGGUGGAGCAGCACAAGAAGGGCUGUGGCUAUGUGCUGGUCAGUGCCGAUUUCAAUGGCGCCAUCAAGGUGUUCAUCAAUAAAACAAAGCCCAAACACAGCAGUCUGCCGUACACGGCCAUUGCGGAUUAAUCGAGGCGCCGUCGAUAUGUCAAUUAGUCGCUGGAAGGCAAACGGUGGGAAACAGAAUCGGGAAAGGGAACGUGGGUGGGCAAACGGUAAAUGUAAAGAAGGCUAAAA